AUGAAGCUGAUCAUGAUAUUGGCACUGAUAUUAGCCCUGAUGGCUUUGGUGAUGGCCCAGGAAUGCAACCUGCCGUGCAACAGACGCAUCGAGUACCUCUGCGGUAGGACGGUGCGAAAUGGGACUGAAAUCGAGUGCACCUUCAGGAAUCCUUGCGCCAUGGAUAGGCAUGGCUGUGAGAAGCGAGAAGUUUGGAGGAAGACGUCGACAGGUCGGUGCACGAGAGACUCGGAUGCAUGUGGUCGCUAG